AUGUCGCGCCAACCACCCUCCCAAGGAGGGUACGGCCUCCAACCCAUGUAUCACUCGGGCAACGCGCCGCCGCCGGCCCAACCACCCAUCCAAGGCUACUCGGUCGACCAGUACGGCUACCGAGCCCCGUUGCCGCAGCACUCCCACUUUGCUCCACAGGACAGCUACAAUGCCGUGGCAGGAUCGAGCCGUGACUCGCACCCGUCGCUGUACAUGCAGCCGCGCGCACCAGGCGGCCACCCGGGCGCGCACCCGGGAGCCGUCCACCCAGGCCAAGGCCACCCGGGACAUGGGGGCCAUGCCGCUGCUGCUGCUGCUGCUGCCGCGCAUCAUGCGCAGGCUCAGGCUCAGGCGCAGGCUCAAGCGCAGGCGCAAGCUGCCCACGCACAGGCCGAAGCGGCCGCACGCUCGGCGUCGGGAUCGUGGGGCCACAAAAAGACCCAGGACGACUAUGACGGCGGCCAAAAGGAGUCGGCAGCGGGCGGGCAAGGUGGUGGUGGUGGUGGUGGCGGCGGCGGCGGUGGCCAGCAGCCUGGUCCCAGCGAGUUUAUCAAGAAGCUCUACAAGAUGCUCGAGGAUGAGAGCGCGCAGUUUGGCCGCGGCAAGCCUGCUGGCGCGCCCCGCUCCAAGGGCGAGUCGCGCGGCAGCGUUGGAUGGGGUCGCGGCGGCACGUCCUUUGUCGUCUGGGACAUGAAUGAGUUUACGACAAAGGUCCUUCCGCAGACGUUUAGGCAUUCCAACUUUUCCUCGUUUGUGCGCCAGCUGAACAAGUAUGGAUUCUCAAAAAUCAAACACGUGGACGAGGAGACUGGCCAGAUAAAGGAAAACGUCUGGGAGUUCCAGCACCCCAGCUUCCAGGCUGGUGGCAAGGCCGACCUCGACAGUAUCAAGCGCAAGGCCGUCGUUCCCAAGAAGGGCACGGCCGAGGAUCGCGAGGCGUCACCUGCUAUUGGGGCACGCAGCGGUGGACUCAAUCCAGAUGACCAGGCUCGCGUGCUGGACCAUGACAACCGCCUCAGCGCCCUCGAGGAUUUGCUCUACAAGACCCAGAGCGAGCUCACCGAGUCUCGCUCCCGCGAGCAAAACGUAAUGAGCCUCUUGCGCGAGGUCGUGGGCCACGUCGUUUCUGUCGACAAGGGAUCACCCACGAGCGAUCGCUGCCUGCGCCUGUACGAGUAUGCCAACCAGGUGCUCAAUCCCACGCCGCCCACCGGGUUUGUUGGCGGCGUUCCCCCAUCCGGAUACCACCACCAGCAACAGCAGCAAUACCACUCGCGCCCCGUGGGCUACGGCGCCCUCCCGCCGUUCCAGGCCUCCCAUUACGGUGGGUCUACCGCGCCCGUCGGCGGUCCUGUCCACCCGGGACAGGCCCCACUCGCAGCCUCGCCUCGUCAAGAUUCGCUUCGUUCAUCCACGGAUGAACACAGCCCUUCGUCACGAGCUGCGGUCGGCGCCGCCGUCCGUCGCGACCAUCCAAAGUCUGCCGACGACGUCAUUGAGAUCUCUUCUCAGCACCAGCAGCAGCCCGUCUACAGCACCGACCAGGGUUUUGGCAGCGCGAGCCGGCAGAGUGGCUGGGUCCCAGAGGCAAACGGUUCGGCCCGCGCGACGUCUCUUCGUUUCGUGGUUGAUUCGACGCCCAUCCCGCCCCAGCAACCGCAAAUGGCCUCGGUCGUGCCUGUUGAUGAGCAUGAGCCUCUCAAGGCCGGCGGAGGUGGUGGUCAGGCGGCUGCCCCCGUUGGCCCUCCUCCUGAGCCUGCCACGAUCGCCUCUGCAGCUGCCGCGGCUGCGGCUUCUGCCAACGCCGAGGCGAGCUCGAGCAGUAGCCUGGCCUCCAACGGUGCCCUUACCCCGCGCUCUGCCGCCAAGGAAAGCACCAUGGGCAAGGUGUCUUGGACGCAGGCGCCGCGUAUCCUCGUCGUUGAAGACGACAUUGUCUACCGCCAGCUGAGCUCCAAGUUUUUGCAAAGGUUUGGUUGUAUCGUCGAAACAGCCGAAAACGCCCAGCAAGGUAUCGAAAAGAUGAACGAGACCAAAUACGACCUCGUCCUCAUGGACAUCUUCUUUGGCCCCAGCAUGGAUGGUCGCAAGGCUACCAGUUUGAUUCGCCAGUUUGACAUCUUGACGCCUAUUAUUUCAAUGACAUCGAGCGUCCAGACAGACGAUAUCACCUCGUACUUGCAGUCGGGUAUGAACGACGUGCUCGCCAAGCCGUUCACCCGCCAGGGUCUCUUCCUCAUCCUGGACAAGCACCUGAUCCAUCUCAAGGCUAUCCAGAUGAGCAACGAAGUGCCGCGUUUCACGGGCCUGCCGCCUCAGUCGGACCAGGGUAUCCAGGACGCCCUCAUGACCAGCGCUCAGCAGUGGGAGAUGAACGGCGGCGACGUGGACGGCCUCUCCAACCCCUUGGCAGGCAGCGGCUGGAGCGACGACACGUACCAGCUCGUUCUGCAGCAAUUCCUGGCUACGGGCACGAUUCCCGACCAGAACGGUUUGCUCAACGGCAUGCCCACCACCACGACGCCGAUCAUCGCCGGCGCCAACUCGGCCAACCUCGGGGCCAUCACCGCCGCCAUGGGCGGAACGACGUCGACGGUCUUUGUCCAGGACCCAUUGGCGUUUAACAGGAAACGCAGUAUUGAGGCGGUCGGCGAUGACGAGUGGGAGGAACAGGCCAAGAAGCGCAACCUUGGCAACGACAUGGCCUGA